AUGGUGUCCGAUGACUCAACCUCCAAGGUAAUAGUCUUACCGGUGAGAGUCUUGACGAAAAUCUGCAUACCUCCUCUCAGUCUCAACACCAAGUGCAAAGUGGAUUCCUUUUGGAUGUUUGAUGGUCUUACCGGUCAAGGUCUUCACAAAGAUCUGCAUACCACCUCUCAGUCUAAGCACCAAGUGGAGAGUCGACUCCUUCUGGAUGUUGUAAUCGGAAAGGGUUCUGCCGUCUUCCAGCUGCUUACCGGCGAAAAUCAAUCUCUGCUGGUCUGGUGGAAUGCCCUCCUUGUCCUGGAUCUUGCUCUUGACGUUGUCAAUCGUGUCCGAAGACUCAACCUCAAGAGUAAUGGUCUUUCCGGUCAAAGUCUUGACAAAGAUUUGCAUACCUCCUCUCAAUCUCAACACCAAGUGGAGAGUCGACUCCUUUUGAAUGUUGUAGUCAGACAACGUUCUGCCAUCCUCUAA